GAUCCACUCUCCCACCUGCGCUGCGCCUCCUCGGUCUCUCCUUCCACCUCCACACCUACCGCGGCUCCUCUCGGUUCUUCCAAUCCAAUUAAGAAACAAACUACAACCAAGCAGAUACAGCAUCUACGAACGAAAUGGAGCUGCCGCAGGGCCACGAGAAGCCGCCGCCCGCCGCCAACGGCCGGGGGGCGUGGCGCGGCGGCGCGUCGUCGUCGUCGUCCUCCUCCGCGGCGACCCCGCCCAAGGUGUACCGCGUGGAGCCCCGCGAGUUCCGGGACCUGGUGCAGAGGCUGACCGGCGCGCCGCCGCCCACGGCCUUGCGGCGGCCGCAGCAGCAGCACCAGCACCGCGCGGCCGUCGUGGCGCCGGUGGUGCAUCCGCAGCCCGUGCGCGCCGGCGGCGGCGGCGGCGGAGAGCAGCUGGCGUACGGCGCGGCGGCGCCGUGGUCGUUCUCGUUCCCGAUGGCCGGUGGCGGGGUGGAGGCGGCGGCGCAGCCCCAGCACGGCGCUUUCCUCUAGCCGCCGCCCGUGGUGGCGUGGUGCUGUGCUACUGCGCUACUCAUGCAUGCACGGUGGACGCUGCAUCGUCGUCACAAAGAGAUGACCUGAUCAAUCUCUCCUUUUGUAAUAAUUACAAUAAUUACCCUGCAUGUACGUACGUACGGCCGGCGAUGGGAUGACCUGCUCCCGGUAAGGUAACAUCGCAUCGCAUGCAAUGCAAGUACGUGUUGUGUUAACUACAGCAGUUAAUUAGCGCGAGGGAGUAUAUAGUGAACUAGUGACACAUACUGUACUAGAUAGGCGCGGCGUACACAGCUGUACUGUAUAUGUUCAAUAAUAUUACCCCAACGACAUGUCGUAUUAUUA